AUGAGGAAGAUGCUAUAUCCCUGUUCUAAGUGCGGGAAAUGUUUUCUCCGAAAAACUAGACUUUACAUAUAUCAGAGUUCUAACACAGGUGAAAAGCCAUAUGUCUGUCCUGAGUGCGGGAAAUACCUUUCAGUGCAGCUUAGUCUUCACACACAUCAGAGAUCUUACACAGGGGCAGAAGUUGCAUACCUGUCCGGAGUUGCGGGAAAUGUUUUCUCAGAUAAGUCUAGACUUUAUAUAUAUCAGAGAUCUUACACAGGUGAAAAGCCAUAUGUCUGUCCUGAGUGCGGGAAAUACUUUUCAGUGAAGCCCAGUCUUCACACACAUCAGAGAUCUUACACGGAGGAGAAGUUGUAUACGUGUUCGUAG